AAAAAUAAAAAACCGUUGUGCUUUGCUUGUGGAAGCUGGUUUGGUUGUCAAUUUUUGCGCCAAUUUCAUUAUUAUUUUUAUUUUGUUUAAUCGCUGCAAAAGUUAACUACGCACGUGAAACCUCGCUUGGACCUUAUACAUAAAUAUAUAAAACAGAGUUUCAGCGCCAAUGGAGGGCGCGGUGACACCAGAAGGUGGGCGUCGCACCCGCGCGGCGCUCGCUGAGAUCCCGGUCCGGCUGGAUCGUCUCCGCGUCACCCCGCUCCAGCCGGUCACGAACAUCCGGGAGCGCUCCCCCGCCCUGCCUGCUGGGUACCUGAGUCCGGCGCCAUCGCCUGACGAACUGCUUAUACAGCAGAGAGGCCGCAAACGUCUGCCAGUAACAUGGUCUCCGGACAUCGAUCUGAAGCGAAACUCGUCGUUUCACUCCACCAUACGCACGCCGCCCAAAGAUAACCAUUUAUCCCCUCUCAAACUUGGCGUCACACUCCGCUCUACCCCACGCAAGCGCCUCAUGCUCGACACAGAACGCAUUCCCCUCACUCCUGAGAAAAUAGACUUCUCAGACAUCAGUACCCCACAGAAAUUCAAAAUAACAAGCCCCAUUAAAAGUACCCCACCCAUGAAAAGAUGUAGGCUGGAAAGGACAUUAAACUCUGAGUUCAAAGGUCCAAUUGAUACUGCCCUCAAAGGUUUGAGCCCUACUCAACUCAUUCACAUGAUUAAAACAAUCACUUACAAACAUCCUGAAAUUGAACAGGAGAUCAGGAGUGAGAUGCCAGCGCCUGACCUGACACCUCUUGAAGAGAGAUUGAGUUACCUGAAGAGUAAUAUCUUUAAGAGUCUCCCAACUUCACGCCUCACCUCUAAAACUGACUCCCCUGCAUACUCUCGAGUGUCCACUCAUUUGGCAGCGUUUAAAAAGUCUGUCGUCGAUCAAGGAAAGGUCUUGGUAGAAUCCCAGCAUUGGGAGUCUGUUAUCCAGUAUGUGUUUCUAGCUUGGAGCUAUGUGAAAGCUACUCCCGUUUGGGACAACCAGCCGCACAAUGCACAACGGAAACAAUGUUUUAAAGCCCUUACUACUUUUUGCAUGACGGCGCUAAAGAAAGGUAACAUGCAAAAAGAUGUGCUGGCUGACAUACAAGAAAAACUUCAGGGUAUGGUUGCAGACAGUGAAGAAAUUUCGUCUUGCUUGAAAUAUGUUCAAGGCCAGUUACAAGAUGUCUUGUAAUUCCUAUUGUUUAUAGUAAUGUGGUUUUUAUAAGAUUGAAAAUGAUGUAACAGAUUCUAUAAUUGUUAUAUAAGACUGAUAAAUUAUAUGUCUAAAUCAACAAUAAAAAUUGUUUAUAAAAGUAAUUCAUAUAUUGCUUGAAAAUCAACGUACAUAAAAUUGCGCUGCCGCAAAUGUUUUGUGAUUUAUACCCUGUAGUGGCCUUUUAUUGAUGGGGUAUAAGCGCAAAAUAUACUUUUUUAAAAAUUCUUCAACUUGUUCUUUAGAAUAAAAUUUUUUAAACAAUUAUGGAAUCUGAUUUUUAGUUAAUUUUUACCUCAAUUCUGAUGGAAUCUUUUUUUGUUAAUUGUGUGUUAUUUCUUAAUUCUGUUAGUAAGAUCAGCCAACCCUAUGGACAAAAUCAUUGGCAGAUGUUAUGACAAAUAUUUAAAUCGCUUAAUCUUGAAACCAUGGGGUGGUGACAAUAGUCCGGAAUUCUGUUAAUCUAAGAAACAUUGGAUAUUAAAAGCGAGGUUUAAGUUCUGUAUCAAUUAAAUGUACAGGAAUAAAAUCGUUUCCAUACCUAAUGUAUUUUCAACUGAUGUUUUUUUUUAGUAAUUCAAUUACAUUGUCGUAUUACAUUAAGUGUUCCCAGUUACAAAAAUGUGCCUUUAAUUGCAUUUUAAAAAUGAUAAUAUUUUUAUAUAAAAUAUUUUCUUUUCAAUGAAAUUCUUGUAUGUUUUAACUAUAAUUCACUUAGAAAAUUAAAAUUGUAGAAUUAAGUUAUGACUUUGGUAGAUUUGAAAGGAAUCAAAAAAUAUUUUUUAAGUAAUAUUUUUUAACAAGUUUGUCUUCCAUAUUUUUAUGGAUACUUUAUUUUGAUUCUUUUCAAUAAAGCUGUGACAAUACCAAAGUAUUUUUAGUUAAGCAUAUUAUGGAAUUUAAUAUGAUGAUGUCUACUUAAUUUUAAAUUUGGUCAUUUAUGUAUGAACACCGCGAUAUGAAAUCGUCUUGAUAAUAGGUAAGGUUUGAUUAAAAAUACACUGUUGUACAGUGUGGAGCCAUACUGCUCCUUUCUGGCAGAUUUUUAUAUUCCGUAAAAUCCUUUUCACUUGGCCGAAUCAAGAAUCGAAUGUUGUGCCUUAAUCUGUCAUUAGUGAUUGACAAAAUAUCAUUGAUAUUGUUAGUAUAUAUUUUUAAGCUUAAAUAAAUCGUUUUUUGUAA